UGACGAAACUGCUCUUAGAAGAGGUCGGCAGAUUGUUGGAGAACAUUACAUCUCAAUAUCGGGGAUAAAGAGUCACACUGCUCAUCCUUGUCCUUCACACAGGAAACUUAUUCUGAUCACAAACGAAGAGAAGAACAAACCAAAUAAUUCCUUUAGGGGUAGUGUUACAAAAAAAGGAAUCGACCUCAUCAUCACUGGGACACACAGUGGAGGUCCGAAUAAAGCAGCGGGAUAAGGACACCUGAACGUUAUCCGUUACAUAAGGGCCACUGCUCAAAAUUUAUCAUCAUCCAGAGGAGUGGAAACCCAAAACUUGAGCCAUGGGGGAUUAUUACGAGAUCCUGGGUGUGACGAAAAAUACAUCCCAAGAUGAUAUAAAGAAAGCGUACAGAAAAAAAGCACUAAAGUGGCAUCCAGAUAAAAACCCAAACAACAAAGAACAAGCUGAAAAAAUGUUCAAAGAGAUCUCGGAGGCAUAUGAAGUCCUGUCAGACGAAAACAAACGGAGACAGUAUGAUAAAUAUGGUAAAGAAGGCCUAUCUUGUAGAGGAGGCCAUUAUGAUGAGGAUCUCAUGGGAGGAUUCACAUUCCGAAAUCCAGAAGACGUCUUCAGGGAAUUCUUUGGAGGCCGAGAUCCAUUCGCAGAUUUCUUUGCUGAUGACCCCUUUGAAGAUUUCUUUGGUGGUGGGCAGCGUCAUAGGGGUGUGAGCAGGAGCAGAACGACAGGUUCAUUCUUUCCUGGAUUUUCUCCAUUUGGUUCCCCCUUUUCUGGGUUUGACACAGGUUUCACCUCAUUUGGCCCAAUGGGUGGGGGUGGCUUCACCUCCUUUUCCUCCUCCUCAGUUGGUGGUGGUGGUGGUGGUGGAGGAAUGGGUAACUUCCGAUCUGUCUCUACAUCCACCAAAUUCAUCAAUGGAAAGAGGAUCACCACCAAACGCAUUGUAGAGAAUGGUCAAGAGAGAGUAGAGGUAGAGGAGGACGGUCAGCUCAAAUCUCUCACAGUCAAUGGUAUUUCUGAUGACAAUGCAUUGGAGGAAAGCCACAGACAGAAUGCCCUCACUGGCACUGGCCCAAACAACCGUUACCUCCGAGAUGUGACCCAGAACCCUUCAGAGAAGAAGAAGGAGGAGGAGGAGGAGGAGGAUAGAGGCCUGCAGAAUCUGGGACUUGCCAGAGGGAUUUUUGACACCAGGAGAAAGAAACUAUUGAUGAAGGAUUCAGACAGCAAAAAGAAGCGGAUGCCAAGAAUGGCUCCUCGCAUUGGGGUGUGGUUUUAACAAUUUUUACAAUAUAUGAACAUAUAUUUGUGUUGUCUUUACUAUUAAUUUUCUAAAAAAAAGGGAAUAUAUAUAUAAAGACAAAUGACUAUUAAAUACUGUCAAACAUGCUCAAAUUAUUGUUUUUAUUUGCAUACAUAGAAAGUUUAUUUCUCAGUGUUCUGUUUUGACAUGUUGCAUUCAUCUAGAGUUGUUAAGUCAGUAAGACCAACUAAAGAGUUGCAGUCACAUCAGCUCAUUGUAACUAUUUUCUCCAUUCUAUUUUUUUUUCUUGGAUGAAGAAAUUUAACCAACCAUAUGAUUUAAUCACAUGGCGAUACAUCACCAUGCAUGUAAUGCAAAUUAUCUUUCAUUAUCCUGAUUAAAUAUAUAAAAAAGCAACCACUCACUGUUUUAUUCAUGGUUUUUAAGCAUAUUGUAGGACAUUCCCCUACAUUAAUGAAAACAGGCAAUCUGAGAGAGAACCUAAACACUUCACUCAUAGCAUAAUUAAACCCAACUGAAAUACAUUUAUUCAUGUUUUAUAGCCCUAAUAUACCUGUUCAUUAUUCUUUAAAAUGAUGUUCAGGUUACUCGCAUGUCUGUUUUCAGCACUUUGAUAUAUUUUUGAUGAAGAAAAUAAUUCAUAAAAGUGGGGCACUUUAAAGUUUGUGUUUGCCAUAGAUUUGGCGCUUUAUACAUUUUGUUUUAGAAGAUGGAGCACAAACUCAGGAAUGAUAUAUUAUGUAAAAUGCUUGAAAGCAUAAAUGUGGACGUGACAAAUAAGAGAUAGAUUGAUGAGGGAAUAUAGAACAGGUCGGACUGCUGCACUGAGAUAGGAAAGAGAGAAGGACAAGGGAGAAAAAGAUUUUUGAAUUAUUCAUUCACCAAUGUGAGAGAACAUGUUUCACCAGCCUGCCUUUUGAUCCAGUCUUAAGCACUGUAUCAAUAUUUCAGAGAAAACUCCAGAUGUGCUAUGUCCUUUCAGAACUUGGAGCAUGGCUUUAAUUUUACCCCGACUACUGCAUAUAUGUGUUUUGUUUUGUUUUUUCAAUAUG